UCUCUGUCUGUGUGUCUGUCUGUCUGAUCUCAGUCCGGCUUUUGUGUCCUGUGUUUGCUGGAGCUCAGUGGAGGCAGAAGACACUGAGAGCCGGGGCGACGCUAACCUUGAUCUCCCAGUCACUCGUGACUGAUAGUGGUGGGAACACUCAACUCGCAAGUGAGAGGAUUCCCCAGGCUGGGCGAAACCUCAGAAUGCGUCUCUGGGCUGACUCGGGGCUGUGGCUGACCUCUCUUGCGGCUGUGUUGUCGACGGUAGUGGCGGGCAACGUGACGGAGCUCUCUGCAGCCUUCCUCCAAGACCUGCUGGAUCGUUACGGAGAGAACCAGGUUCUGGCGCUGCACCAGCUCAAGGCUCUGCUCAACAGGCUGGACGUGGGGGUGGGGAAGGCCAAACUAGCAACUGAGGGGAACUCUGCAAACCUAUCCCAGUGUUUCUCCUCAGCCGAGCUGUUCGCUGCUCACAGCCUCACCAACAGCAGUCGGAUCGACAGCCAUGCGUUCAAGAACAUCUGUCCCACCGUCCUGCAACAGCUGGAGAGAGGAGCCUGCGUCACGGAAAACCAGGAGAACGAGGAAGACGAGGUCACGUCCGAGAAGAAACCAACGGCAUCCGAGGUCUGGGGCUAUGGGAUUCUAUGCGUGACCGUGAUCUCUCUCUGCUCCCUGAUUGGAGCCAGCGUGGUGCCUUUCAUGAGGAAAACCUUUUACAAGAGGCUCCUGCUCUACUUCAUCGCACUGGCCAUCGGCACUCUCUAUUCCAACGCCCUCUUCCAACUCAUCCCAGAGGCAUUUGGUUUCAACCCGCGAGAGGACAACUAUGUCUCCAAGUCGGCCGUUGUGUUCGGAGGUUUCUACCUCUUCUUCUUCACUGAGAAGAUCCUCAAAAUGAUCCUGAAACCCAAACAUAAGGGGUCUGGUCACAGCCAUUACAAGCCUGAAAAGUAUGUGACAAAGUCUGACCUGGACGAGGGAGUGACGGAGAAGCUACAGAACGGAGACCUCAAUCACAUCCCCACCCCCAAGGGAGAGGAUUGUCAGCACAGCCCCCUGGCAGAGGAGCGGAGUGAGCUACACACUGUCCUGAGCGGGACUCUGUCUGUGCAGGACACUAAGACGUCUCAGAGCGCCUGUUACUGGCUGAAGGGCAGCCAGUACUCUGACAUCGGCACGCUGGCUUGGAUGAUCACGCUCAGUGACGGGCUCCACAACUUCAUCGACGGCCUGGCCAUCGGGGCCUCCUUCACUGUCUCAGUUUUCCAGGGCAUCAGCACCUCCAUCGCCAUCCUGUGUGAGGAGUUCCCUCACGAGCUCGGGGACUUUGUGAUCCUGCUAAAUGCUGGCAUGAGUCUGCAGCAAGCUCUCUUCUUCAACUUCUUGUCGGCUUGCUGCUGUUACCUGGGCCUGGGAUUUGGGAUUCUCGCGGGCAGACACUUCUCGGCGAGUUGGAUCUUCGCUCUGGCUGGUGGCAUGUUCCUCUACAUCGCACUGGCCGAUAUGUUCCCGGAGAUGAACGAGGUCAGUAAAGACGAAGACGGGGAGGAAUCGCAGUCGCUGAUGGUGUUUGCCUUGCAGAACGCUGGCUUGCUGACCGGCUUUAUCAUCAUGUUGCUGCUCACCAUGUACUCGGGGGCCAUCCAGAUAGGAUAGCCCCCAUCCCC